GACGAAAUCGUUUUGAUCGGAGGUACUUUCUUCUCCGAUUAGUUUCACUUCCUCUAGGGUUUCUCCGUUCCCUCUUCUUAACUCUCAACUCUCAGCUCGAAUUUUUCUCAGAUAGAAUCUGAAUGUGAGAAGCUUCGUUGCUGAGAAUUUUGUGGAGAAAGCAGAAAAAAAGAGAGAUUUUAAUCGUCUUUUUGCAGUCAAAGCUUCGUUUUUUUUUUUUCAGACAGAAACUAAACUUGUCUUUUGUAUCUUUUAUUACCUUUUGCUGUUUCUGUAAGAAAAAAACCCUAUAAAAUUCCUGAACUUCGAUUUCGUGGGUUUUUGGUUUCCGGUUCGGUUUUGUGGGAUAUAGAAUAUUGAUUUCUGUCACUUUCCACGAGCGGGAAGAUUUCGAAUUUGCCUCUUUUGGGCUCCAAAGUUUUAAAUCUUUGGGUGCUUGCUUAUUCAUCUAGGGCUUGCUCUUCUUUUCUAACACACGAGAUCUGUUUGGUUUUCUCCAGAUUAUCCUUGUGUUCGAGCUAGCUUCUCCAAUUUGACGGAGAUAUCGUCUCGUUUCGUGGGUGAAAGAGAGUUCCUUUACAAGGUUGUUGUAAUGGAAGACGCUGAUGGCUCUGCUUCUUCUUCAUCUUCUCGAGAUUUGGAUGCACAAAGCCCUUAUGAUCGAUUGCUUGCUCUAGAUACAACUUCCUCAGAUUCAAAUCGUAACUUGGAUUCGGUUUCUGCCAUUUAUCUAGCGAUGACGACGAGCUCGAAGCUGGAGUGUGUCGAUGAGCGUAGCCAAGAUUCCCUUAUUACCUCCGUAUGCAACAUGGAGGAUGAAGAAGAGGAUGAGGAGCUCGAUGAGUUUGAUCCUUAUCUCUUUAUCAAAAACCUACCCAACUUGUCCUCUGUUGUCCCUACUUUCAGACCCGUCUUGCUUCCUAAACAGACCCGAAGCUGCCCUCCUAUCUCCCUAGUUCUAGACCUCGACGAAACUCUUGUCCACUCUACUCUAGAACCGUGUGAUGAGGUGGAUUUCACAUUCCCUGUACAUUUCAAUGAAGAAGAGCAUAUGGUGUAUGUGCGGUGCCGUCCUCACCUCAAAGAGUUUAUGGAGAGAGUGUCACGUCUUUUUGAGAUCAUUAUAUUUACAGCUAGCCAGAGUAUCUACGCCGAGCAGCUUCUGAAUGUGCUUGACCCUAAGAGGAAGCUCUUUCGCCAUAGAGUGUACCGUGACUCUUGUGUUUUCUUUGACGGUAACUACCUUAAGGACUUGUCUGUACUUGGACGUGACUUAUCUCGUGUUAUCAUCGUCGACAACUCCCCACAGGCAUUUGGGUUCCAAGUGGAGAACGGUGUGCCGAUAGAGAGCUGGUUUAACGACCCGUCAGAUAAAGAACUCCUUAACUUGCUGCCGUUUCUUGAAAGCUUAAUAGGAGCAGAAGAUGUGAGGCCAAUGAUAGCCAAGAAGUUCAAUCUAAAGGAAAAGAUAGAUGCAGCUGUAGCUUCACCUGAGUAUCCUGCUGAGGCUGGUGAUCCUUUCGAAAGGUAAAGUCUGUUCAAAAGCAAUUAAGGCAGAGUCUGGCACAAGACACAAAGGAGAAGACUUGCUCUUUGGGAGAAUGCGAUGGGAAGUUUCUCUUCUUCCUCUUUUGAGGUGUUGGAGGGGUUAGAGCUGGAAGAUAUAUAUUAUAUAUAUCAAAUGUUGUUUUCUUAUUAGUUUAAAGAACCUUGAGUAUACAGAGAACGUCACAGAAUAACUAUUAUAAAUUUUAUUUUUUGUAUUUUUGAAUAAUUGUGGUUUCUAGUAAAAUAGUCAAAAGCUAUUCUUA